AUCUAUCUACCUUUCUUGAUGAAUUAUCUGCCCGCCGUCUGCAAUUCCUUCGUCAAUCUCAUAUUCAUCUCUCUCUCUAUAUCUCUAACCCAGUGAAAAGACACUUGUUUUUCUUUGUUUCAUCGUCUUUUCAGCUAAUUGGGUUUUGGCUCUGAAGCAAAGAACCCAUCUUCUUCUUUCUGUAGAAUCGUUAUCAUGAAGGUUCAUCCGGCUCCAAAGAAGAGAAACAUCACACUUCGAUACGACAUCAUCUCGGCCCAAAAGAAACUCCGUAGACUCCCUCACAUCUUCGAGAAGGUUCUGGAACUCCCUUUUCACUCCGACGCUGACGUUUCCGUCGAAGAAACCGCUAAAUGCUUCCGCUUCAUCGUCGACACCGAGGAUAUCACUGGGGAGAUUAGGACCGACACGAUCGAGAUCUAUCCGGGUGUUACGAAGAUUGUUGUUAGGGGUGAAAACGUUGUUGAUUUGUCCAAAAGCGAAUUGGAGCUUGAUGUUUGGCGUUUCAGACUGCCUCAAUCGACCAAGCCAGAAUUGGCAAGUGCAGCUUUCAGUGACGGGGAGCUGGUGGUGACGGUGCCAAAAGACUACGCUCAAUUUACUGGGGAUGAUGUUUGGGGUGGAAGUGAAAGAGGCCAGCUCCUUAUUGUACAUUGAAUUUCAAUGCCCUUUCUAAAGAUGGAAUGUUUUCUGAGACACUAUAAUGGUUUAAUUAUGUAUUAAAAAUUCCAUUUUAAUCAUCUCUUGCUAUUGUUUUCUG